AUCAUCUCUCACAAAUUGCAAUGUAUUUAUGUUAAUUUAAAUAUAUUUAAUUUGGAAAUAAUUAUUUAGUUGAAAUUAAAUUGAUUGAUUUCGUCAUGAGCUUCAAGAGGUGUUUUGGAUUAGUAAAGUCCACUUUUUUGCGCCAAAUACGCUUUAACUCGAACGAUCAAUCAAAACAUGGUUUUGUUAUCGGUAUUUUUGAGGACGAUGACUCAAAUUCCCCAAAAUUAACACCCAUUGGAGAAAAGGUUGAUGAUAUCUGUUCGGGUGGACUCUCCGAAAUUGUUAAUGGUUGUGAAAUAACUGGUCAACUGUCAAAGGGGAUUAUUCUAAAAAAUAUUCACCAAGAGUUUAAAAAUAUCGCAAUUGUUGGAGUCGGUCCCGAAGACAUAGGUUUGGAUGAAUGUGGUAUGAUUGACGAAGGUUUGGAAAAUGUACGCAUUGCAGCAGGAGUUGGUGCACGUUGUCUCCAACGUCAUGGAUGUGAUGUGAUAUUCGUAGACUCGAUGGAUUUCCCACAACAAGCCGCUGUUGGCAGUACCUUAGCGAUGUGGCAAGAAAAGCUUGAUAACAUGGAGAAUACAUCGUUACUACCAAGAAUACAAUUUUUGGAUCAUAACGAUGAAGAAGAAUGGAGGAGCGGAGAGUUUAAAGCUGAAUCACAAAUACUGUCGAGAUUUUUAACAGAAAUUCUUAACUCGGAAUUAACAGCGUUAAACUUUUUGGAAGGUGCUGUUGAUAUUCUAAUGAGAUACGGAAUUACUGUUAAUACACGUUCCGAAAAUUGGAUGAAGUUUACGGCAUUGAAUUCGUUUUUAAGAAUAACAAACCCAAUUUCAAAGGAACCACCAGUUAUUUUAGAAGCUAGCUAUUGGGGAACUGAUCCGAAAGAAAGACCUGUAGUCCUUUAUGCAAAAGGCAUCACCUUUAAUGCUGAUGAUGACUUUCAUUGUUGUUGUUAUGACAAAUAUUGCACCUCUAUGGCUGGAGCAGCUCUUGUAAUAGCCGUUCUACAGGCUUCAGCAGGACUUCGUCUCCCUAUCAAUUUGUCAGUCGUCAUACCGCUCUGCUCAUAUACUGCAAACAUGUCACAUUGUACUAAUAUUGAUAAUAAACCCUCCAACAAAACAUCAUUCCUUAUAUCAGAUCCUGAUAGGUCAGGUAUGAAGACAUUGUUAUACGCGCAGUAUGCUUAUAAGCCACGUUUAAUUAUUGACAUCAGAGCACUGGAGGCUGAAAUAGAUGGUACUUUGGAAGACGGCAUUACCGGCAUUUUUUCGAACUCUUGUGAAAUGUGGAAAGAGUUCAAAAUUGCUGGUUGGAUUACUGGAAACCGUAUGCGGCGUUUACCUCUAUGGCAACUAUACGAUCGAGUGAGAUUUAAUAACGGAAUUUUCCAAGACACAUCUAUUCCAAACCAGCAAGGAUUUGUGCACGCAAUAUCAGCAAAAAUACUGAAUCAAUUUCUGCCGCGUAUAGAUUGGGUUCAAUUUGGUAUUUAUGGUGAGAAGAUGCCUGGUCGUUCCACGCUUACUUUAAUCCAAUUUUUGUACCAACUGACAACACUAAAACCAUAAAAAAGACUUGAAAAUAAAAAGAAGAGGCUCGGAACUCGGAAAAUCUUGAGGCAAUUUUAUAACAACACCAUGGCAAUUUGUUAGGACUUUCUCCAUAAAAGAAGCUAGUGUCACAAUAAUUAUUGAGAGAAGAUAACAACAACCAAAUUUGAAAUUUUGAUAAAAAUUACAAGUAAUUAAAAAAUUCACUCACACAAAAUUAUUAGAUAUAUUUGAGAAUACCAUAAAUUUCACAAUGAUUAAUUUAACGU